AUGGAAGAAUUAUCCAGUCUUAAGUCGUUAGCAAAUGACAGGGAUAUUGUUAUCAAAAAGGCAGACAAAUCGGCUAACAUUGUCAUAAUGAACAAUGAAGAUUACAUACAGGAAGUGAACAGACAUCUUAGCAACGAUAAUUAUUACAAGAAACUAGAUGAGGACAUUGCGGAAACAGUUCAGAAGAAUGUCCGUGACUGUAUAGACAUUAUUUCCGAAACCGAAGAAUUUGUAGAGGAGGAGUUUGACAUUUUUCCCGAAAAAAUACGUACUCCGCAAUUUUAUAUUUUACCAAAGCUACAUAAAAAUAUAGAUAACUCAUUGCCAUUAGGAUAUCCUGGUAGGCCUAUAGUAUCCGCAUGUAAUUCCCCUACCGAUAACAUAUCCAAAUUCCUAGACUAUAUACUCCAACCCCAUGUGUUAACCUUGCCUUCGUAUAUAAAAGAUACCACUGAUUUUCUUACGAAAAUUAAGAAUUGUAGUCUAUCAUCCAACAGUUAUUUGGUAACUAUGGAUGUUAGCUCUCUCUAUACCAAUAUCCCCCAUGAUGAAGGUAUCGACGCCUGCCGGUCAUUUUUAAAUCGUAAUACCGGUAACACUAACACCAGUCUGUCGGUCGAUAGUAUUUGUAAACUUAUAGAGCUUACACUUAAGAAUAAUCAUUUUAAGUUCAACAAUGAUAAUUACAUCCAAACCAUGGGUACAGCCAUGGGUAGUCCAUUUGCCCCAGCUUAUGCAUCUUUGUUCAUGGGUAAACUUGAACAAGACUUUUUACAGACACGCCAACUUAAACCUACCCUAUGGUUACGGUUCCUAGACGACAUAUUCAUGAUCUGGGAUCAUUCUUUGGAUGAAUUAAAUGAUUUUGUCCAGGCCCUUAAUGGAUUACAUAGCUCAAUUAAAUUCACUUAUGACAUUUCACUGGAUCAUAUUUCAUUUCUGGAUGUCGAUGUUACUAAAGACAACAGGAAUAAUAUUUGUACCAAUGUCCAUGUUAAAAAUACCAACAUCCACCAAUACCUGGAUUACUCGUCCAAUCAUCCCAAAACUUGUAAAAAUGGUAUUCCAUACAGUCAGGCUAAGCGCUAUCGUCGUAUUGUAUCGGACGAUGACCAGUUUGCUAAGUCACUGGACAGUCUCCGUGAAUUUUUCAUUUCUAGAGGUUACCCUGAUAAGGUUAUUGAUGACGCAUUCGGUAAAGUACGUGAUGUAUCUCAAGAUGAAGCCCUUGUAUACAACAGUAACUCCUCUGAUGAAAAGAUUGUACCUUUUAUUAUUGAAUAUAGUCCGUCUCUUCCCCAUAUUGGCAGUAUCGUAAAAAAAUACUGGGAUUUAUUUAAGCUAUCGCAAAAUGCGUCAGUCCAACAUUUGCACGAAUACAGACCCGUGUUAGCCUAUCAGCGUGGUAAAAAUCUCAAAGAUUUCUUAGUCAGGUCUACAUAUCCCACAAAAUUCCCUGGCCCUGUAAACGCCCAUUCUAGCAAAUGCUCCAGGCCUAGAUGUUCACAUUGUACUAGGAUAGUAGAAACUGAUAAAUUUGAAAGUUUUUCUAAUUCUUCUAUAUAUCGCCUUAAAUUUAAUACAGAUUGUACAUCCAAUAAUGUUAUUUAUUUAAUAUCUUGUAAAAAAUGCAACAUGCAAUAUGUUGGCCAAACUAAACAACAAGUGUCCAAAAGAAUGAAUAGUCACAGAUUUGACAUUAAGAAUUUCAGUGACCCUGUGUAUGCCAGUGGUGUUGCAACACAUUUCAACACUACAGACCACAGUGUAGAAGACUUCAGCUUUUUACCUAUUGACAUUGUUGACAAUGACAUGGACAGACUCGUCCGUGAAACAUCUUGGAUUCACAGACUUGAUACUGUGUUUCCAUCAGGCAUGAACACCAGUGUAUUGUUCAAAUUAUAA